UGCUCGAAGUCGGCUCUAUGCGAUUAGCUUUACAUUCUCACAGCGAGAAGCUCCUUCUUUCUUUCUGGGCUCUGCGACGAUUUCUCUAAAGCUCGAUUAGAUAAGACCCUCGGUUCAUAGUGCGGUCGAGAUGCAGUCCUCAUAAGAGACUGAGAUUUCACAGAAUCGGUCUCAGUUAAACAUUGCGUGUGCAUACCGGCAAAUCUCGCAAACAAUUACUGCAUUGCUCGCGUUUUUUGUCGCAAAAAUCUAGUGCCGAGUGCAUCCAAUAAUUCAAGUAUGUGUAGAACAUGUAGAUGAAUUUGAAUCUAAAAGAGAAAUUGGACUCUACGAAACUUAUAAUCUCGACAUCAUUUCUUAUAAUCUACUUAGGAUCUUAUCUCCUCUGACAGAAUAGGAAUUUGAUCUUCAGGGCCAGUUUCUUAAACAGAAGAACCUUUUGCUCGCAUCCCCACUUUUUUAUGCUAACGAGCCUCCUAAUUUUUCUAAUGUAAGAGAUUCUUUCGUCUGCUUUGGUGUUUUCCAGCUUCUGUUGAUCAGUGAUACUUUACUCUUGGAGUAGAGAAGAACCGCCUUUCAGUGGUCAAGAAUCUACUAGUGGUUAAAGGUUAUACAGUGCAAUUUUGGUGAUCUGCAUAGCUGAUCAGGACUUUAUUGAUUAAGCCUUUAGUGAUUACUACUAAUUUUAAAAUUAAAUUCCGAUGUUAUGAACAUACCAACACGAGUCUGAGUCCAUCAGAGACUUAAGCGUUAGCCUGAUUCCCAAAGAACAACACCAUGCCAGCUUGUUCGAGUGAAAACGUCCCCAGGUUCUGGUCUUCGAGUCCACCAACCUCGAGGAGCAGUAGUCUCUCUCCAUCCUUACCCAGCUCUCCAGUGUCGACAUCACCGCCCAACAUCUCUCCGGUCUCAACUCUAAAAAGAUCCACUUCAAACAUCUCUUAUUCGUCGGACACCUCGGAACACUUCUCUCAAUACUCAAACACAUCUUCCAACGCAUCUACAGUUAUCUUCAGUCCUAGACGUCGUAGUCGUCAAAUGAACCAGAAUUUCUCUCAACACCAACAAGAAAUGCAGCAGCGCCGGGAAGCUUUCCUCCUUUCCAGGAUAUUCUUCUGGUACUUGGGACUUCUGCUAACAAUCAUCCGUGGAGUCUUAAACGUGGUAGGUUACGCGAUAUGGGCACCUGGCUUGUGGGCCUCUGCCUGGGUCUGCCUCUUCUGGAUAAUUCUACAACUUCCACUGACAAUGCUCAAGUGGUUGAUUACGAUACUGCACACCCCGGCUUCUGAAAGAGCGAGGAACAAGAGAUGUGUCCUUAUUAGCGGUGGUAGCACUGUACAGGCAGUCCGAUUAGCCCAAAACUUCUACAAAGCAGGUGCCAGGGUUGUUAUCUUUGAUCUGGAAGGUCUCUUUGCUCUUGCAAGGUUUUCCAUUGCUUGUUCAAAGUACUAUACGGUUCCUCCACCUGGUCCAGGUAGGGCAGCAGAAUACGUCAAAGCUCUGAAGGACAUAGUUCAGAAGGAGCGCGCAGUCUAUUACAUUCCAGUGAGUGCUACGAGCACAGCCUACUAUGACGCUCUUGCUAAACAAUAUCUGGAGAUCAUGGGAUGUGAGUGUUUUGUUCCUGGAGCUGCUGAUGUGACUGCUUUAGAUGACCCUUUAGAGCUUCUGAGAAGGUGCAGCUCUUUGGGACUCUCUACCCCUAAUCACUACGUUCUCCGAUCAGAAGAAGAUGUUGCAAGGUUGUAUGAAGCUGGUACCUUGAGGAAAGGAAGACAUAUGAUGCUGGCUGCUGGCCCUGCAGGAAUGAGAGACAGGAUAAAGGUAAUUUUGCCACCAACGGAGAGGGAGUUCAGACACCAGGAACUCGAAAUCAGCGAGAGAAAACCCUGGGUUGCGGUUAGAGAUCCAGGUGGUAGCCACUUUAUCACCUGCACAACGAUCAAGGAUUCAAGGGUAGUUGCUAAUGUCACCUGUCGAGUGGAUGAGGUCAAGGGACUGAUUCCGGAGGAAAGGGCGAAUGUGGACCAGUGGUUGGAGAGGUUUUUUGCAAGGACCUUUGGCAGCAGAAUCAAUGGUCAUAUGAGCUUCAGAUUGGCAAUGUCCAAGGAUAGUGGGGAAUUGGUCUCCAUUGGGUGCCGGGUUGGGAUAGGUUUGCCUUAUAUUUGCCACACAAGCCUGCAUCCUCGUCUGGUUUGGAGACCAUGUAGGCAUUUUUCGAGGCAAAAUUCUGGACAUUUGUUGGUGGGAGAAAGACAUUUGAUGCAAGAGGCAGUUGCUAGUGCGUUCAAGCGGUCAUCUAGUGAAACAAGUUGUAGGCUUUUGGGCACUGUUCUUGAUAAAAGGGAGGCACUUUUUGUGUACUGGGAUCCGCUUCCCUAUUGCGCUUAUUAUUAUCUUCAAUUGCCUUUCAGGCGCGUUGCUGGGGCCAUCAGGGCCCAACACAGGCAGCACAAUCCACCUCUUGCUGUUGUGCAAUAGAUGUUUACAUUUUAAAACAUUUCCGAGACUUGUGAACAAUUAAAGGAUUUUUUUUAACAAUUUGAAAAAUGUACAAUUGAGUACUUUAAAUUUUCUGAAGACUUAGUGAGACUUAUUAAGUGUGGAAUUUUGAAUGAUUGUAGACUUCGUUCUGCCUCUUGAUGAGGCUGUCUAACGAAAUAAAGAAAGUGAUAUUUGAUAAUUUAAUUAUAGUUUAUACGAAAUAGAAUUGAUUCACUAAAUAUUUAUCAUUCAAUUAAAGGUGGCCAAAAUUAAGUGGAAAAAACUGUCCGAUAAAAGAGUUUUUAGAUGUGAAGUAAUUUAUUUUUAUUUAGAGAAAUUAAACGAUUUUCAUUACGAAAUUUUAACUUACAAUUUUUAUUUUUAUUCUUUCGUCAUUAUCUCAAAAUGAAGAUUUCAAAUGAUAACCGUAUCUUAUAUCAAGUAAUUUCUUUUGCAGGUGUUUUCUUUACUAAAAUAUCAAAUUAUUUUAUUUUGAGGAAAUGCUUUAAGAUACUGGAUAUUUGUGUAAAAACUGAAAAAACCCCUCUUGUAUGCGCAUUUUCUCCAUUUCAGAAGGGCGAUUAUGUAAAAUUUUUACUUUCAUUUCCACUUGCACUUUCACGAAAUUAUUUUAUUUUAUAUUGUUAUGAUAUUUAAAAUAUAAAAAAACUGACGUGAAUUUCGAAAAAGUGGAUUCUGAAAUGAAAAAGUUACAUAAUCGUUCCCUAUAUGUUUUAGUACUGUCGCAGAUUGUCUAUUUCAAAGUAACUUUUUCAAACUUCUCUGAACCGCUUUUAAAAAUUAAUUUCUAAGUGAUACAUUUUUAUAUUUCUUACAAACGAUAAGUAUAAAAUAUGCUGCAAAAGAGAUUGAAAAUUGAAAUUAAUGAGACUGAGCCAUAGUUUUCUCAAAAGCAAUAAAAUUAAUUAUAUACUUUCAACCUUCUAAGAGAGUUUUAUUUUGCAAAGAACUCGCAUUAUAAAUCAUGAAACUAUGGUUCAGACAUUUUUUAUGGUAGUAAUUAUAAAUCCUGUAACUUUUGUUUUUCUGACAUCUUGUUCGUAAUGAAAUGGUUCUUAGGUUCAAUUCUUAUCAUAAUAGCCUCAAGGGAGAUUUUGAAAGAAUCCUAAUUAAUAAUUAUCUUAUCACACCAACAAGAAAUAAAAAGCAAAAGAGGCCAUAAUUUUAGGAAUUGGGCUGAUAUUAAUUUAAUUCUAAAUUGUAAAAAGUGUUUCUGAAAUUCGUGGUAUCAUUUAAAGAGACUUGCUUUCUAAACUUGUGGAAUAUGGAAUAUUCAUUCAACAGUUUUUCGAUUUGGCAUAAUUCUGACCAUGUCUCUAGCGAUCAAUCAAGAAAUGUGAUUCUUGUUAAUUCGUCAUUCACAGAUAUAUCACAUAUAAAAAAAUCUCAUUCCGAAAGGUAAAAAAAUAAAGCACUCUUUAUUAAAGAAAGAAUUCUUAUCUCGCCAUGCGACGAUUCAUUGCGGAGUAUCAUAUUGAUUAUGAUUUGGAUCCAUCUCGGAUAAAAAAAAGUAUGUAUGCAAAAAAUGUAUAAAAGUGAGAAUGCGAGAGUGAGAAGAGUUGAUCUGAAAAAGAAUGUAUCUUCAAUAUAUAAUAUCUCGAGUGGAAAAAUGGACUCGAAUCGAUAAAGGUUACUAAAAAUUCAUACAUAAAAUAGACGAUUUGCUGAAUCGGAGACUGACAGAGAUACUAUAUAAAAUAUGAAUCAGACACUCUCUUAUUUAACUUAUAUAAAAUAUUUCUAAUCAAUCAUUAUCUACAUCUGUAAAUAUCAUUAUCACUUUAGAAAAAUAAUCUAUAGUUCAUAAUUAAAAUGCACCACGGCAAAAUGAUCUUCUGGGGUAAAAUGGUUUUUGACGAAAAACUUUGACAAUAUUCCUAAAAUGGCAUUUUACUUCAAAGGAACUUUUUACCUAAGGUAAGAGAUAUCUAUGUAUAUACUUUUUUAAUACUCUCCCCAAUAACUAACAAAAUGUCAAUAAGCUCUGAGAUUAGGCUUUUUUCUCAUGUGCAGGCUUGUUUAUUUCUUUCAUAGUGAAAAAAUGAAUAAACCGAAUAUUCUGUGAGACGCAGAUCUGUACAAAUUACAAAUAUUAGAAUAUUUGAGGCUAAGAAGCUAUUUAUGAUUUCUAUAAUAUGUAUAUAUCACAUAUGUAUAUUCCAGUGCGUUCACUUAAUAGUAUUUUACGUUUGUAAGGUUUUGACACCAAUGUGCGAUACGUAACUGUGAUGACCCACGGGAUGCUUAAUUCAUGUCACUAUCGUUUUAAUAAAUUAUAUAAUUACCAAA